AUGGCCUGGGAGAACCACACCACUAUCACUGAAUUCAUCCUUCUUGGGCUGUCUGCUGAUCCCAAGGUCCAAGUUCUGUUCUUUGUGCUGUUCCUGGGAAUUUACCUCCAGACCCUGAUGGGGAACCUCUUGAUGCUACUGGUCACCUCAGUAGAUUUUCGCCUCCACACACCCAUGUACUUCUUCCUGAGUCACCUCUCUUUCUUGGAUAUUUGCUUCUCAUCUACCACAGUGCCCAAGCUACUGGAGAAUCUGCUGUCUCAAAGAAAGACAAUCUCUAUGGCUGGCUGCCUGAUUCAAGCCUUCUUUUUGUUUUAUACUGGGGGCACGGAAGCCUGCCUGCUUGCGGUGAUGGCCUAUGAUCGCUAUGUGGCCAUCUGCCACCCUCUGCUCUAUGGCCAGAUGAUGAACAAUAUCGUGUGUAAGAGGUUGUUGUGGGGGUCCUGGAGCAUAGGCUUUCUGGAUGCACUCCUCAACAUCCUCCUAACUAUGAACUUGGAUUUCUGUGAGGAUAGGCCCAUCCCACACUACAGUUGUGAGCUGCCCUCACUCUUCCCUCUGUCCUGCUCUGAAGUCUCCAUCAAUGUUACUGUUUUGCUCUGCUCCAGUCUCCUGCAUGGACUUGCAUCCUGCAUCCUCAUCAUUUUCUCCUACACUUUCAUUGUCUCCACCAUCCUGAGCAUCAGCUCCUCCACAGGCAGAAGCAAGGCCUUCUCCACUUGCUCCUCCCACAUCGCUACAGUGCUCCUGUUUUAUUGCUCAUCUUUCCUUCGCUAUGUCGUGCCAAACUCGGAUUCACUAUUAGAUCUGAUUUAUUCUGUGCAGUACAAUGUGAUAACUCCCCUGGUUAAUCCCCUCAUCUAUAGCCUGAAGAACAAUGAGGUAAAAGUAGCUUUACGAGGGAUCAUGAGAAAAUACUUUCAAUGUCUCAGAUAG